AUGGAGCUGGUGAGCUUAUUGGAUGCCAACCAUCAGUCACAGAUUUACGACAAAAUUGAGCAGGCCAAGGAAGCUAGCCUGCUGGAGGUGUGGAUUUGCAUGCGUAGCAGCUCCAGAAACCUUAGCUGGUACUGGCUGAACAAGCACCCGGUGAAUGAGACUGACUUGGCGGGACAUAAGCCGGAGCAGGGUCAGUGUGUUAUCAUGAGUACAGAGAGAGAAAAGGACUUCAGCUGGAGCAACAGAGAGUGCUGCAAGAAGGCUUGGCUGGUCUUCUACAGGCCGCUGAUCUUCUUCCCCAUAUAG